GAAGCCGAGGUCAUAGACGGAAUUAAAAAACAGCUACAGCAGCGUAUCAAUGAGUCUUUUGAGCAGCUAUGUCUCCUCCAAGAGGCUCAACAACAGGUUCAAGUUGAUCUCCAAGACAAGAACAUCGCUCUCGGCAUCGACAUUGAUCAGUACAACCUGUCGGACAAAUUCCCAAACAUAAGCUUCAAACCAGACAGCCUCAGAGUCCCAAAGGGAAGCACCACACCACAACAAUGGGAGGACUUCAGCCGCUACAACAAAGACCGCGCCGAUGCGGAGAUGAAAGCCUCGAACAACCUGCGCAAGGCGAUCCACCACACGCUGCAGCAGACAGACAACGAUCUGGAGGCUCAGCGCAUUGCAAUGGAGUACGCCCUGAGGAAGAGAAUCCACAAGUUCGAGAGGGUCAAGGAUGAGCUGGAGUGGCAGAAAAAGAAUGUGAGUUUUCACAAAUACAUUGUUGGUUCACAAUCACUACAUGCCCUCGAUGGUCUUGAGAAGAAUCUUCACCGAAUCAAUGAUGACCUUGCCAAGAACAACUCUCCGAUGCUUGACAACCGCUGCAUGAAUAUUCGACAGAAACUACAGACUCGCCCACAAACCAGCAUCGAGAGAAACCUCACCAUUACCGGGAUUGAGCGAGAGAAAACCAAAAUCUUGGCAUAGGCAAUUCCAAAUCACAUUAUUAGACUGCAGCAUUCGCCACUGUGACCUACAAAACUUGGCUCAACAUCUGUGCUUCAAGUAAAA